GAUCAAUAUCAGCAUUUUAUUCCACGAUUCAUAUUGCGAAGAUUCCAAGUCGGACCUAACGGCAAAAAGAGUUUCGGACUCACUGGUGUUGACCCUGAAUACGUCCACUACUAUGACAUUGCUACAGGCAACCUUGACAUUCGUCCUAUUGGAAAGGUUUACGGCGUAUCAAAUUUCUACCAGGAUGUCCGCAACACCGAAGAUGUCAACGAAUUAGAGAAGAAACUAGCUGACCUCGAACGUCAGGCAGCCUCCAUCAUCAUGGACUUGCAUAAAGCGCUUCCUCACGGCACUUUCACUCUGAAGCGCAGGUCUUUAGAGCUCUUCCGGAAGUUCCUGUUUAUCAUGCAUUAUCGCAAUGCAUCGUGCUCCAGUGCUUACUUUCAAGCGGAUCACCCGGAAAACGCUGGGGCCCGUCAGUGGAUUGAGUCCUUCAUGAAGGCAAAAGGCACUCAAUCCGCUGUUGAGACAUGGCUAUACGUCCUCAGAUACUACCUCGACGCGUCUCAUUCAGACAUCAUGCGGGAUGCUGCGGAACUCAUAGAGAAGUAUGGUGAAGAAGGUCUUCAAAAAAUGAUCGCAGAAUCGCAUAUCUCACCUGAUUUCGAACGCUACCCAGUUGUUGCUUACCACGGUCAGGCGAACAACUACUUCUUCAGUAUCUGGGAAGCCGCAGAAGGGGAAGAAUUUAUCCUCACCAACAAUGGAUUUGGUUUGUGGGAAGGUUUGGCAGGUGGCUGCCCUGGUCUGCACCGCAUAUUCGUGGUCAGCCCUCGCAUUGCUAUUGUCCUGCGCUGCGUGCUGCUGCGUCCAGAAACGAAAGCAUACAUACCAGCGGGUUCAUUCAAGAGUUGCUUGCUCAAUAUCAAUCCAGUACCACCAUCUUACGCGAAUGGGAAACAUGGCAUACUGAGCCUUGCAGAUUUCAAAUCCGCGAAGUCGCUUGCACGCUACAGGUCUUCUGAUGAAGGGGGAAACGACAGUUUUGUGUUCAAAAUCACAAAGCUGUCCCGACCUCAAACAUUGGAGCUGAAUUCCGUUGUAUUAAUCAACGUGAAGCAAACAGGCUCUUUGACUUUCCUGUCAAGGGAGAGUAUGCUUCGCACCGCCCGUGCAUAC